CUCUAGUCUAGAUGUGGUCACAUACACGUACAGUUCAGUUUGUGGAUGUGGUACAUUCUUGCUGCUUUACUUCCGUCGCUCCACAUCACUUCCGGCACAAGAUGGCGCCCCCCAGUCCAGUUCUAGCAGUCCGAGGAUCGAAUGGGACACUGCUGUUAUCCGGACCCCCAAACUGUAAUGAAUACUCAUCUUUUCAGAGGGACAAUGGGAAAAGUAGAUUUGCGACCUUCAGUAAGGAUGGUUCCUUGUUUGGCUGGUGCAGUGGCGACAAAGUCAAUGUUGUGAGGGUUGCAGAUGGCACAACAGUCCGGUCCCUGGACCUUCCUAAGACAGCCAUGUUGGAAUUCUCCCCAUUGGGCACAGUGCUGGCUACGUGGCAGCCCUAUACCAAAACACAGGACAACCCCCAGGGGGAGGCUAAUCUACAGCUGUGGGACCUGAACAGUGGGACCUGUCUCAAGACCUUCUAUCAGAAGAAAGUUCAAGGCUGGUGUCCCAACUGGUCAGAUGAUGAGCGCAUUGCUGUCAGAAAUGUCAACAAUGAGCUUCACUUCUUUGAGAACAAUGACUUUAACACUAUUGCCAACAAACUACACCUGCAGAAGGUUUCAGAGUUUGUCCUUUCUCCUGGACCUCAGCCAUCCAAGGUUGCUGUCUAUGUCCCAGGAAGCAAGGGUGCGCCAUCCUUUGUUCGACUCUACCAGUACCCCAAUUUUGGGGGCCCAACCUCCGCCCUUGCCAACAAAAGCUUCUUUAAGUCUGACCGAGUGACAAUGCUGUGGAACAACAAAGCCACAGCGGUGCUGGUAACUGCCAGCGUGGAUGUGGAUAAAUCAGGGGCCUCAUACUACGGGGAACAGGCAUUGCACUACCUGGCCGUCAGUGGAGAGAGUGCUGUGGUUCAGCUACCAAAGAAUGGGCCGAUUUAUGACGUGGCUUGGAGCCCCAGCUCCACGGAGUUCUGUGUGGUGUACGGCUUCAUGCCGGCCAAGGCCACCGUCUUCAACCAGAAGUGCGACCCCGUUUUCGACUUUGGCACAGGCCCCCGGAAUGCGGCCUUCUACAGCCCCCAGGGUCACAUCCUGGUGCUGGCCGGGUUCGGGAAUCUGCGCGGUCAGAUGGAAGUGUGGGACGUGAAGAAGUACAAGCAGGUGUCCAAGCCGCAGGCUGCCGACUCCACCCACUUCUUCUGGUGCCCUGACGGCGAGCACAUCGUCACGGCGACCUGCUCCCCGCGGCUCCGGGUCAGCAACGGGUACAAGAUCUGGCACUACACGGGCACGGUGCUGCACAAGGAGGACACCCCAGAGGGUGCGGAGCUGUGGGAGGUCCUGUGGCAGCCCUUCCCUGAGGGGACUUUCCCUGCCAAGCCCAUCAAGUACCAGGCAGCACCAAGCGAGCUUGGGAGCACCGAGGCCAAGCCCGCCCAGGCUUACCGCCCUCCCGCACUGCGGAAUAAACCCGUCACCGCCAGCUCAAAGCUGCAUGAAGAAGAACCUCCACAGAACCUGAAGCCCGGUUCAGCGGGAGACAAGCAGAUGUCCAAGACUGCUUUGAAGAACCAAAAAAAGCGCGAGGCCAAAAAAGCUUCCAAACAGGAGACUAAAUUGGACGCCCCUCCGGUGCAGUCUGAACCCGCCUCCACGUGCCCCGCCCCUGCUGCCAGCACCGCCUCCACCUGUGGAGACCCUGAAAUUGACAAGAAGAUCAAGAACCUCAAAAAGAAACUGAAAGCUAUUGAGCAGCUGAAGGAACAGCUGGCAGCUGGAAAACCUUUGGAGAAAAACCAGGUUGAGAAGAUGCAGAAGGAGGCCCAACUGCUUCAGGAACUGGAAGAUCUAGAGUUGGGAGUUUAAAAUAAAUCACUUCCAUUCGCCAAGCCCAAUCUCUCAUAAAACCCACCUUGUCUUCAAAGAUUUGCAGUACCAUACUAGAUACAGGCUUUAAAAAAAAAUGAAUUUAUUCUCCAGAAACACAUUGUCUCUAGACUUUUUGCCAUCAAAUUGCUUGUAUAUUUGAACCACAAAUAAGUAUUAAACUUGAGACACAAGGUAAUGCUGCUGUAGAAUAUGGCAAAGUAAACAGCACUACCACUUUUGUGGGCUGUACAUAAUGUGAGUAAUGCUGUACAACAGCCUUGAAACUUUAAAAAGCAAUACAGUGAUCAAGAUUCUAACUCAUGUUGUUAACUGUAUUGAAAUGUAUUGCCAUUUAUAUUUGCUGAAUUGAUUACAGAUUUAACACAUGUA